AUGUAUAUUUUCUUCCAAACGUCAGCUUUUCCUUUAGCUUAGCAGCCCUGCUUUGACAUUUUAUAAAUAUUCUCGUGCUGAACUUUAAAAUUGUAAAGUUAUUUUUUCUUUUACAUUCAGUAAAAUGGAUGGAAUAUCUAGUUACAGUGCAUUUUUAGCAGCUCAUAAGCCGCAACUUGUAUUAUCCGGAGUUCCAGAACACUUUUGGGGGAUUUUGUGUAAGAAAAUAAAAGAUCAAAUAUUCGAUUCCGGUUCAGCUUUUCAGUUGGUAAAAAUUGAUUAUGAUGAAGAAGAAAGAGCCCCGUAUGAUCCUUUAUGGAGUGUCAUGGCUAUCCGGGAUAUAGAUCGAAUGAAUUCUAGUCAUAUUUACCUUAUCGACCAUGCUUGGACAUUUAAGGCAAAUAGUAUUAAAAAUAACCUAAGAAAUGUGCCGGUCCUUUUAGAAAGAAUGUGCAAUCUUAUUCAGGCUACAUCUGAAACAACGGAAGAAAAAAUUGAAGAAGUUUGUCAGCGCAUAUGGAAAUAUGCAAAUACCUAUUCUGUUGAAAGUGAAGAUCUUUCAGUUGAAGAUAGAGUGCCUGUAUGGUAUGUGAUGGAUGAAUUGGGUUCCGGAAUCACUCACUCAGAUAAUCCAAAUUUUCGUAUUGUUCCAUUCAUGUACAUACCAGAACAAUUAACAUACACAUUACUGUUUCCUAUUGAAAAUGUUGAAGAAGGUGAUAUCAUAACGAGGAACUUUGUUGAAGGACAUUACUCUGAUGCGCGUCAAAGAGAAGCUAUGCUUAUUCCUUGGAGUUACUAUGAACAUUUUGAUAGUGAUUUCAGUCAGGAAGAACCAGAUGCAAAUUAUUUUUUGGAAGGUCAUAUUGUUGAAUCGCUUCCAGAUUUAGAAAUAUUACGUGUAAGAGAAAUUACCCCUACUAAAUUAAAAGUAUUUUCUGAAUAUGUAUUCAUUAACCAAUAUUUGACUGCAACUGAAUUUGAAAUAGUUGAUAAUGAGAGUGCUGCUGAUAUUUUGUGGUACACUAGCCACUUUAAAACUUUUAGAGAAUUAAGUGUGGGUUCACCGCAUAAAUUUGUAAACCAAUUUCCUUUUGAAUAUGUGAUAACGAUUAAAGAUCUUUUAGCUAUAAUUGCACGAAGAGGUCAGAAACAAAGUAGUGAUGAAGAUAAACUGGAAACAUUGCCCGCGUGGCUUCCAACAACUUUUAAUAUGAAAACAGAAUUACCUAAAUUGGUAUCAUAUUACAUGCAGAGGAAAAAGCAGGGUUUAGAUAAUCACUGGAUAUGUAAACCAUAUAACCUUGCUAGAGGUUUGGAUACUUAUAUUACCAACAAUUUGGACUUUCUGUGCCGCCUUCCAUUGUCUGGUCCUAAAGUAGCUCAGAAAUACAUUGAAAACCCUGUGUUGUUUGAUAGACUAGAUGUAGGGCUAGUUAAGUUUGAUGUGCGCUAUGUGGUUUUAUUAAAGUCAGUUAAUCCUAAUGAAGCUUAUGUAUAUAAUAACUUCUUCCUUAGACUUUCAAAUAAAGCAUUUACACUUGAUAACUUUGAUGAUUAUGAAAAACAUUUUACUGUUAUGAAUUACAGCCAACAGCAAGGUGUCUCACUAUUUAAAUUAUUGUGUAAUGAUUUUAAAGAAGCUUGGUCAAAACAAUAUCCUGAUUACAGCUGGAAUGAAGUAGAGAAGUCAAUUUUUCAGAUGUUUGCUGAUUUAUUUAAGUCGGCAACAGCAAAAGAUGCCCCAUGUGGUAUAGCAAAAAGCCCACAAUCUAGAGCAUUGUACGCAGCAGAUAUUAUGCUUUCUUGGGAUGAAAAGAAUGGGGAAAAAUUGAUACAGCCCAAAUUAUUAGAAGUUAACUGGAUGCCAGACUGUCGUAGAGCUUGUGAAUAUUAUCCAGAUUUUUACAAUGAUAUCUUUUCUGUUAUGUUUUUGGACAAAGAAGUAAAUACCUGCACUAGGGUUUUGUAAACUUGAGAAGAGAAUGUUGUUACAAAUAUUUUCUACCUAAAUUAUUUACCCAUUAAAUGGUAAAAGACACA